GCGAGGGUUAACCGGUAAGGAGAAUUAUAAUAAUAAGAAGAGGAGGAAGUAAAGCUUAAGUGAAGCAUUGGCAAACAGAAGAUGAACAGAAUCAUGAGAGAAUCACGAAAGUUGCGCUCUUGGGAGGAGAUGAAGAAAAUCAUUUUGCAACGUGGAUCAUCGGGGAAAGACGUGCUGGCGCCGAUCGAUGAAGUUUUCGGGCGCAAAUUUUCAGUCAUCGUCGACGAGAUGCCACCUUACAUUUCUUUAAGGAAUGGAUUUACGGGAUAUAUUGCCGACAUAUGGCAGAUAAUCAGCUCAGAGCUUAAUGUAUCAGCUGAGUUUCAAAAGCAUAGUUUUGAUGCCGGCAAGGAGUUGAUUAAAAAUGGUUCCGUUGACCUCCUCAUAACACCUGUCAUAAUAACUACCACCGACAUUGAUGAGAUAGAUUUUUCCAUUCCUAUCGUGAAAAUAUGGUAUGAACUCUUUAUGAAGUCAAGUGAUGAUGGAGCAACAUCGAUGUCUUAUAUAGUCACGUGGAGUAGAAAUUUAUGGUUCGCUUUCUUACUGACGAUCUGCAUUCUAACUGCUACGCUCUGGAUUAUUGUAAAUAUAAGGCUACGCCUUGAAAGAAAUCGCGGAAAAACACCUCCAGCUUGGCAAACCAGAUUGGAUUUUUGGCGCGGUUACAGGAGAUGGGCAUCAAAAGGACCAGAACCCGAAAAUACCCUCAAAAAUGAACUGGUUUCCGUAUCUUCUGUAGGCUCUAGUUUCUUGUUCGUUUUAGGAGCUUUAACUAAUCAAGGUAAUUGUUUGAAGCUCAACUCACCAUCGAUUCGAACUGCAACUUUGGUAACGCUUUUUUUUGGGCUUCUCAUGUACAACGCCUACUCAUCGGUCCUGAUUUCAAGACUUGCGGUGGGUCGAACCACUUUGCCGUUCCCUUCACUGGAAUCAGUUGCCGAGGCCAAAACACAUAUCAUAUGCGUCCGCAGAUAUAGCUUCGCUUACGUACAAUUUAAGCAACGAGAAGAAGACAAGGAACUACUGGAAAAGUGGCAAGGUUUGGUGAACGAGCCUCCAUGUCUAAACACAACAUCUGUUAGAGACGUCGCCGCAGCUUUGUGCUACGACAACACUCUCAUCCUCGAGACACCGAAUAUCGUUGCAAAAAUCAUUGAAGAUUACAAUCGAUCGAACGGCUGCGACAUAACUCGCCUGUACGGACACUAUGCCAGAGCAACUGCCACUGUUCUAAUGAAGAAACAUUUUCGAUACAGGCACCACUUCAAUAAAAUACCUCCUAUCUCCGUGCUUGACCAAGGCACUACACCAAACAAAUGA